AGUCAGCGGAGCCGCCGCCCCCAGGGUCCGCCACCCAGAAGCCGGCGGAGGGGGGCCCGCCGGCGGGAGCGCGCGCCCCGGUCGCCGUCUGCGGGUAGAAGCAGAGGAAAGACGGCGACCUGGGAGCGCGCGAGGCCGCACGUGCGCGCGCCCGCCCGCCCGCCAGCCAGUCCGCUCACCCACGCGCCCACGCACGCGCCCGCCCGCCCGUUGGCCCGGGAAGUCUCGCGAUGCCGUAGCCGGGUGCUCCCGCUGCGGGUGGCUCGAGCUGUUGCUGUGGUUGCCUGAGUUGCUGCUGCGGCGGCGGCGGCAGCGGCGGCUGUGCUUGUGGAGGUGUCGGCCUCUGGGCGGAUGUUGACAUUGUGUUGUUGUUAUUGCUGAUGGUAAUGGCGGCGGCGGUGGCGGCGACGGUCCAGACCCCAUCUCCUCUGUAGCCGGAGCCGAGACAGCCGACAGCGAACUCCGCGGCCUCGGAGCCGGCGGCAGCGGCGACUCCCCUCAGCCUCCGCCGCCUCGCCCGCCGGUACCCCGGCGCCAACCCCGGGAGUCAGGCCCUUUGGGCAGGGGAGCUCGGAGGCUCAGGAUGGCGGAUUUCGACGAAAUCUAUGAGGAAGAGGAGGACGAGGAGCGGGCCCUGGAGGAGCAGCUGCUCAAGUACUCGCCGGACCCGGUGGUCGUCCGCGGCUCCGGUCACGUCACCGUAUUUGGACUGAGCAACAAAUUUGAAUCAGAAUUCCCUUCUUCAUUAACUGGAAAAGUAGCUCCUGAAGAAUUUAAAGCCAGCAUCAACAGAGUUAACAGUUGUCUUAAGAAGAACCUUCCUGUUAAUGUACGUUGGCUACUUUGUGGCUGCCUUUGUUGCUGCUGCACAUUAGGUUGCAGUAUGUGGCCAGUUAUUUGCCUCAGUAAAAGAACACGAAGAUCGAUUGAGAAGUUAUUAGAAUGGGAAAACAAUAGGUUAUACCACAAGCUGUGCUUGCAUUGGAGACUGAGCAAAAGGAAAUGUGAAACGAAUAACAUGAUGGAAUAUGUCAUCCUCAUAGAAUUUUUACCAAAGACACCGAUUUUUCGACCAGAUUAGCAUUCACUUUAUUUAUAGAGACUUUCCAAGUAUGUUGUCUUUCCAAUGGUGCCUUGCUUGGUGCUCUCCUGGUGGUGACAUAACAUUGGUUCUACAGAAUCGUGUGGUGUUUUUUUUGUUUUGUUUUGUUUUGUUUUUUAAAUAACCGCAUGUUCUAAGUGUGCAUUUUUGUCAAUCUUUGCAACAGUUAUUUCAUACAGAUGUUUAAUACUUAAGUUAUUGUGCUCUUUUCUGUUAUGUAUUCUGAUUUUCAAGGAUUACUUUUUUGUAUUAUCAAAAAAAUACAUUUGAACUUAGCAUAAAAAGUGGCCAGCCUUUUUUAUUUUGUCACCAAGGUACACACAGUCCUUUAUUUAUAAAUUCCUUAACAGAGAAAAACACCUUUGUAAGGCUCAACUUACCUAUUCCAGCAAGCACACUUUUUCUGUCAUUUUUUCUUUCUUUUAAAAUUUGAUAUUGUCAUUAUUUUAAAAUAGUAAGUUUUCUUUAAUAGUCUUUUGGAACCUGACAUACCCUUUCUCAUACAAUUCCUAAUGCUCUGUUUAUGGCAGAUAAUCUGUAACGUUAUGAAGACCUAUCAAAAAGUUUUAAAAGUAUUUCUGUCUUCAAAGGUAGUAAGACAGUAUUAAAUUUUUAUUAGAAUAGACAAAUCAGUGAAUGGUAUGCAUGUAUCUAGUGGUUACUAGAACUCAGGAUCACAAAAUAUAGUAGCAUCACGAUCUGUGUAUAUUUUUGAUCAAGAUGAUAAUAAUGGCCUUACUUGGGUUUUUAUUGUUUAUCAAAUCUUACAUACAAAAGAGUGGAAGUAUUCCUUUACAAAAUUUCUAAGGAAAAUAUUUCUUCCAAUCUAUCACAAUUGUAGAAUGGAUAUAUGUUUCUGAAAAGUUUUUGAAACAAAGCAAAAGUUCUAGAACUAAAAGUAAGCUGGUAUUUAAUAUCCCGUUGAUAUUUAGAAAAGAUUGUUAAUAAGAAAUGGAGUAUGCAUUUAGUACUAUUUUUAUCCACUAGUUCACUUUCAGUACAGUUAUGUAUACUUGUUUUGAUUGAGAGUGUGACAUACAUGUUAAAUCAGAUUAGCUUGUUUCUUUUAAAUAUACAUAUACACAAAUACAUAUAAUUUUUUCUCCUUUUUGUUGUGCAUAUCUCUAUGCAUUUUUAAACUUUUAGAUUUGUGAAUGACCUAUGUGUAAAUUUUUGUUUUUAUAAACCAGAAAUUAUACAAGUUUUAACGUGUGUCAAGAACUUGUUCCAUAUAACUGUGGUAUCGAGCAAUAAUGUUAAUAACUUUUGGAAUUAUAUAAACUAUGCUUAAUAAUUUGUAUUGAGAAUUGGUACCACUAUACAAUACUUUUUUCCUGUAUUAAAUCUUUUAAAUACCA